AAUAUUUGUGUCAAAAAUCUCAAAAGUGUAAACAAAUUCGUAGAAGAAAAGUCGAGCCGUAUUAAUGGUGCAGCUAUUUGGCCAAUUACAGAGAUUGGAGAUAAUUUGGAACCAGUAUUGAACAGAUGGAUAAGGAAUUGAUUGCCAAAGUUCAUGCAAGACCGCUAAUCUGGUACGGUAAACAGGAUUUUAGAGGAAACUCACGCAAGGCUCUUUGGGAUGAAAUCGCAACCGAGUUGGGUGUAGCAACGGAGGACGCAAGAACAAGAUGGAGAACACUGCGAGACACUUUCACAAGACGAUACAGAACCGGCACUCAUUGGGAGCACCAUCAGUCGAUGGUAUUUUUGCUACACGAAAAGCCCGACUUAAAAUCGAUAUAUAAACGCCGCAGAAAAGCAAAUCGCAAGCCCAGCUCCAACCUAGAUCUCAUCCCAUCAGUACAAAAUGAUGCUUGUGUUGAAGAUGGCGAACGAAGUGCCCCCGUUUCCUCGGGCGAAGAUUGUAAUGAUGAUGCAGUGGAACCAAAAAUAAAGAUUGACUUUAUUCGCACUGCAACAGUGCCGGGUGCGGCACAUGUCGAAAUCAAGAUUACACAGGGUGGUGACCAGUCAGUCGAAAAGAGCCGGGAAUCUGAACCGUAAUCGUAUUGAAACUAGAGUUAAGAGUCUGUGGUUAAAAGCUUAGGAUGAAGAUCGACAUUUGUAUAGAGCAGUUAAAAUUAUGCUUUGAAAUGUGAUAAAAAGCAGUUUCAUAAGUUUCAGAACUAAAAAUUGAACCUUUUCUUGAAUUAACUACGAGAAAGUUCUUGGUGACAAAUUAGUGAGAAAAAAAAAAUGCAUUCAAAAGUACUGGAAAUUGCUUUGAAUCAGAACAUUAUCGUCCCAGAAAUAAACCCAAAAGUAAAGAUUUUCUUUCAUGCACUUACCUUAGUAUAAGCACGCGCUUAUCAGCACACAGUUUUUUUAUGUUUCUUUAUUUCUUCAACAAUUAUUAUAUCGAUACACUCUGUUUUGCUUCUCUGCCGAAGAAUUACUAGAAAGUUGGUAUAAUAAUUUUAUCUUUUUUUUUUUUCAUCAGAACUUGCAUCCAAAAAUAAAGGUUAGAACAGCCAUUUUUAUAUCUUCACGCCAAUAGAUAUUUUUCUUGCUUUUUUGUUAGUUCAUCCUUAUGCCAAAUUAGAGUAAUACUUUGAGGGUUGAGAAAAUUUCACCUUUGUUUGCGCUACCCCUUUGAGGAGAAACAACAUCACGAUCUCUUUUUUUUCUGCUGCCACCACGCUUGCUUCGAUUCGCGCCCCGAUGACAUUUGAUUUAAUUUUAAUUUUGGUUUUCAUUUUUCUUAGCAUAUAUCCUAAAAUAUGUAGGUAUGUAUAUAGGUUUAUAACAUCGAAUUUUGCACUGCAUCUGUUUUUUUGUUCUCUUUGUUGCAACUAAUCUCGACAUUGAUUUUUAAACACUCUGAAAUUCGUAACAACACGCCCUUACCCUUUUUCGGACGAAUUCGAGCCUACGCGAAGAGGAUUGUCCAUUCUGCAUAGUGGUUAAGUAUGUGAGUGUGUGUGUGUUUGGUCUUAGGUGCUAGUGGAUGCUCUUGCCAGUGUCAUGAUCAUAAUUCCUCGUAUAGUUGCAGUCUCGCAGGUGUCGUUUGAGAUUCCUAACAAAUCACCACAAAAUAACGGGAUGAAAAUAUUCCUUUUUUUUGUUAACGAAAAACUUCAAUCAGCGUUACAAUAAAUUCGAUUUGUUCCAUGAUAAUCUCGUGAGUAUCAGAAUAAAUAUCACCCAAAAUUAUGGACUAAGAUUUGAUCAAACACCGAAACAGAAAAAAAAACUAC